CUCUGGGAACGACAACGAAAAUUGGCAUCGUUAGCAUUUCGUCGAAUAUCGUGCCCUAAAACGAUUGGAGAAUGCACUUAUGACCUUAUAACUUCGUUAAAUAAAUGGACGGAUAUUCCGAUAGAUGUGUUUUCAUUAAUGCAAUGUCUUAUCAUUCAAAUAUUAGGAAGAGUGGCUUUUGCAUAUGAUAUGAGA